CCGAUCAGCCUGACCAUAGCGGGUCGGCAUUCAACCCACUUCACCUUGCGGUGGACUUGGAAGAAGACUGUCCAAGAUUCACUAGCUCCUUGCCCUGUGAACCAGGUGGCGGAGAUCAAGAUUGGAGUGAGGCGAGAUGGCGAAUCUCAGACAGGAGGUGGUGAUGGACGAUCAGGCGUCGGUCGGAGCAAGAUCUCCACCCCCAGCCCCGGAUAUACUGGAAGUCUCUGAACCCAGAGUUAGAGAACUCCUGGCACAAUGUUACGAGGAGGGCAAUAUCCCUGAUAAUAUUCCAUGCGAAAGUGUGGAAAUUAUCGGCAGAGAAGCUGUAAUCAAGGUCAACUCCGAGUUCGAUCAGAUCAAGGUGAGAUGGUUGAAAGAGCGUACCGUGGUGAUAAUUUUCAAAGAUGCUGCCAAAGAUCUUCCAAGGAAGGUGAAAUCGGACCUCAUCAGAGCGUUGGAGAACGGAUGGACCAGGGAUAACGUUUUCAACCCACCUGCACCUAGAGGCACAAUUCGGUUCGAAGGUCCGAAUGUCCUAUCAUAUGUAGCCAGAAAUACAGUCGUAUCAAACUGGAUGAUAGAACAAGCAGAAGGAAGGGUAGAGGCGUUCGGGGUGGAAUAUGGCAUGAGUUUUAGACCCUGGAUGACGCGACUAGAAUGGAGAGACUUCCCUAGACGACAUGAGGAAUCCACCUUCUGGGUUAUGGCCUUGCAGGUCCCACUGGAUUCGAUAGUUUACACCAAGACAUCAAUCAGGAGGAUUAUUGGUCCAAUCUUGAAAGACUACCCGCCUAUUAGAGAUACCUCGAGACCAGAGCUUAUGAAUUUAAAAUAUGAUGUGGAUCCUCAGUGCAGAGCUAGAAUGGUCGAUAGGAUUUGGGUAGAAACAGACAAUGGAGACCUCAGGGAACUGCGACUGGUCUCAUCGUCAACCCCUUGGUUUAGAAGAUGCAGAAGCUUCUUUCACAUGGAAGACAAAUGCACACAGAACUUUAAACUCAACCAAGGAGGACAACGAGCUCAACACCAAGGAGAUCGGAGCUCCGUAAGGCAAGAUGAGGGAGGAAACGAAAAUCUUAGACCUCAAGGAUCUGGCGGCAGAGGCAGCGAACGUGCAGGCAGCUUUUGUGGCCCGUUGGCGAACUCUGCAGUGCAGCAAGGUUCUUUCGUGAAUGAUCAACCGCGUCGGAAUGGACAAGCCACACUCCAGCAGUCUCAGCAGGAUCUAUCGUCUCAGCAUGUGAAACCACUUUUCUCCCCGAGAGCGGAGUACCCAGUCUAGAGACAACAACAGUUACAAGAAAGAGACGCCCUCUUUCAUCUGCAGAGACUGCAGAGAGCAGCAGAGCUUGCGGAUAACAAUCAAUUAACCACGCAAGAGCACGCUGUAAUGCCGAGACUUGAUGGUCCUCAACCCAACCUCAAUGUACCACCGGCUGCGGCAGCCCUUCAGAGAGACGCGAGAGGUCGAUCUCCCUCAAAGAUGGUCAGAAUGAUCCCGAGGCAACAUCAGAAUGGUGAAGGUAGCAGCAGACCAGAACAAGAGGGAGAAGUAGUGCAAAGCGAGAACUCGCAGAACUCCCUCGCAAACUCAGAUAGAUCUGCAGGUGCGGUUAGACAGACCAUAGCCACUCCAAGAGUUGGCAUCAAGAUGUCUCGGGACGGGAGAACUGUUACCAUUGGAAGAAGCCAGCUUCAAGGCUUGGAGAAAAGAGUUCUUCCGUUAGUAUUCUCAUUAAUCAACAACACAGUACAAGUGCUGGCGUGGAUGUCGCCACAAGGCACAACACAAGGCAUGAAGGCAUUACAACACCCCUUCAUGUCCGCAGCGAGCACAGCAGAAACUAGUGCAGAGAUGUGCGACUACGCAAUGUUGUAUUUCAAAGACAUCCUCACAUCGAGAAGGGUAGGAGAAGACCUGCAACGUGAUCUCACAGUCAACUCUGAUCAUUGGAACCACACCACCAACAGACUCACCAACCUGGACAGCAUCAGCCUGGAAAACCCCAUCACGGAGAUUGAACUACGUGCAGCGGCGGAUUCGAUGGCAAAAGGAAAGGCAUCAGGGAGCGAGGGUCUACCGAUAGAAUUCUACACAGCACACUGGAAGGUUCUCGCUCCCCAUCUACUGGAAAUCUACAACGAGGUGCUCGCCGGGGGGUCCCUCUCUUCGAAUAUGGCCUAUGGAAUUAUCUCGGUGAUCUACAAGAAGGGGAACAAGGAAGACAUCAGGAACCGGAGACCGAUCUCCCUCCUAAAUGUCUCCUACAAGAUCUUAGCGAAGGUCCUUGCAAGAAGGUUAGCUCAGAUGUUACCGGAACUAGUGGGUAGGGACCAAGCAGCGUUUGUCAGAGGAAGAUCUAUAUUUGACAAUAUUGUCACAGCAAUGGAGGCCUUGGAGCUAGUGCGAAGUGAGAACCAAGAGGUGGCCAUUCUCCUUUUGGACUUGGAGAAGGCCUACGACCGAGUGAACUGGGCUUAUGUGCUCACAACGCUCAAACACCUAGGCUUUGUUGACGCAAGCGACGGCACUGACGGAAAGAGUGAGUGUGAGUGCGCCCGCAAUGUGGCGUGUCGGCUCCUCGUCUCAGCUGGCCACGGUAGAGACAUCAUUCUGUCGUCCAAGUGCAGGAGUGUCAGAGGGAAGGAUGAGAGGAUUGAGAGGAAGAAGGUGGUCUGUCUUCUGUUGCCUGGUCGCGUUUGUCCUACUGGCGAGCGGGAGGCGGUUCGGUCAAGCUGCACCGGGCGACCCUUGCGAGACGGAUGGAGAUUGUGACGCCUCUGAGGCCUGCGUUGACGGCGAAUGCGGACAGCUUCCACCGCCGCCCCCGCCCCCGCCCCCGCCAAUGUGUGUUCAAGAUAGCCACUGCACACAGAUGUUUGGAGGUACCUCGCACAAGUGCUGCAAUGGGAGUUGCGUGAGAACGAAAUGUUGCAUUCACAAGGACUGCAAAAAAGGUAAAGUCUGUUGCAAUGGGGCGUGCAGUAAGGGCAAGUGCUGCGUCAACGAGGAUUGCAAGCAACACAAAUGGAGGCGCGUUUGCAGAAGCAGACAGUGCGUUCGGUGGUGAGGCAUGAAACAAAGGAUGAGUUGCAAGUAUAGCCCUUACCGGUGCGAUAGCCCCUAGUACCUUGCACAGGUGCUCUCUCUCUCUCUCUCUCCCGCGCGCGCGCGCGCACGCGCGCCAUCAAUCAAUCCCUCUUUCUCUC